AUGUUUGCCUCAGCAAGUUCUUUUCAUUACUUUUUUGUUUCUUUAGUUAUUUUUAACUAUUCUUUCCCAAUUUUAUCAGUAUUUUUUCGCUUUUCCUUUUAUUCUCUUUCUUUUCUUUACUUUCUUUGUCAUUUUAUUUUCUUUUUUUCCCUUUUUGUCAUCUGUUUUUGUUUUUGCGUUUGUUUUUUCUGCUUUUCGUUUUUCAUCUUUCCUUUUUCGUUUUUCGUCUUUCCUUUUUUCCUUUUUCGUCUUUCCUUUUUUCCUUUUCGUCUUUCCUUUUUCCUUUUUCGUUUUCCGUCUUUCCUUUUUCUUUUACGUUUUCCGUCUUUCCUUUUUCCUUUUUCGUUUUUCGUCUUUUGUCAUUCCUUUUUCGUUUUUCGUCUUUCCUUUUUCGUUUUUCGUCUUUCCUUUUUCGUUUUUCGUCUUUCCUUUUUCGUCUUUCCUUUUUCCUUUUUCGUCUUCCUUUUUCGUUUUCUUUUUUCUGCUUUUCGUUUUUCCCUUUUUCUUUUUCUGCAUUCUUUUCCUCUUUCCUUUUCUGUUUAUAACAAGUGUCCUUUAUCAUUCUUUCUUUUCCCACGCUUUCUUUCUAUGUAUGUCCUUCCUGUCGUACUUUCCUAUCUUAGCCUUCUAUUAUGCUUUCUUUCUUCUAUCUCUCUGACACGACAUUUUUAUCUAGUCUAUCAUUAUAAAAGAUCUCAGUCGAGGGCGGGGGCCUCUUCCAAAUAUCUAACUGAUGAUAUGACAUGA